AUGAUACCAGAAAAACCCUUGCCAUUCAAUGGCGAUUUCUCGUCACCAGAAGAGUACAUAAAUGAGCUUCUCAAGUUCGUUCGGAGCUCUGAUACUUUCCAGAUUCUGUGCGGUGGUGUUCACAUUCUGGACUUCUUCACUAUUGAGCCUGGCCUCUUUCACUACGCUAUCCCUAAAGAAUGGCAUCCGUUCAUCCUAUCAUGCAGCCUUAUGGAGUUCUUGGACCUCCUCAUGCGCGAUGAUUUGGAAACCCUCAAGUACGAUGGUGAGCAGCCUCCAGAGAGCCUCAUAGAGUACAUCCGAACAAUUCGGAAUCUUUCGCUUGGUCGAUCAUUCACGCCUCCCAAAGAGAAACUGCCAGCUCUGCCACGCUCCGUAGCCAUAGGCAUGAACGUGAAGAAGAACCAUGAAGUCACCAACUUUGCAGACUACUUAUCACGACUUUCUGACGACAUCAGGGAGCAGUAUGGAAACGAGAUAUCCCACUACGUGGACUUUGGGAGUGGCCAGAAUUACCUUGGCCGAGCUAUGGCGAGUGAACCCUAUAACCGGCACGUAGUGGCCGUCGAGGGGCGAGAGAACAACGUCAACGCAGCGAAAGGUCUUGACAUGUCCUCUGGACUGGCUGUCAAGCCGAAAGUCAUGAGAAACAAAAAGCUAUGGACAAAGAUUCUAGAAGUCAGGGGACCCGAUGCUCAAGACGACCCAGAGGCCUUGGCAAAGGCUAUUCGCGAGGUGGCGGGGGAUGAAGCCUUCGAGUUCAAACCUGUCAAAGAACUUGAAGCAGAGUAUACUGUGGAAAAGGGCAAGGGAUCUGUUCAAUACAUUUCAGGCCGGUUGGACAGUGGUGAAUUGGGAGAGGUCAUCGCCCAAAUUAACACCGAGAACGACACAGAAGCCGAAAAGAAAGACCUGAGCUUGAUGGCCAUGUCAAUCCAUUCCUGCGGAAAUCUCUCGCACUUUGGGAUCCGUUCUUUGGUCCUCAACCCCGACAUCCGAGCCGUAGCCAUCGUUGGAUGCUGUUACAACUUGAUGACUGAGAAACUUGGACCACCGACAUAUAAGCAUGCCUUCUUAAGACCAACUCUGCAAGCUGUCAAUGGCCGACUCGUUCGCGAAUCAGACAAGCACGAUCCGCAGGGUUUUCCUAUGAGCCAAAAGUUCUCAACGUAUCAGGGAGACGGCGUGCGACUCAAUAUCACAGCUCGCAUGAUGGCCUGCCAAGCACCACAAAACUGGACCGAGAAGGAGAGCGCAGGAUUCUUCUCCCGGCAUUUCUACAGAGCAGUCUUGCAAAAGAUCUUUCUCGACCGGGGCGUGGUAAAAAAGGUCCGGCAUGGGGAUGGCCAAGGAGAAUCCCAACAGACAGAGAGCCCGGCCUCCACCCAGGAUGACAGCGAAAGUCCCUUCGAUAUCAGUACCAACCCCGUAAUCAUUGGAUCAUUACGGAAAAGCUGCUAUGGAACAUUCAAGUCCUAUGUUCGUGGAGCAGUCGAGAAACUCACAACCAACACCGAGUACAAACAAUACGCAGAAGUCAUGCAGGAGAAGAUGGGCGAUAUUACAGACGAAGAAAUCGAACGAUACGAGGCUCAAUAUCUGCCCCGCAAGAAGGAAUUGUGCGCUGUUUGGAGUCUCAUGGCUUUCAGCGCAAUGGCGGUUGAAUCGCUCAUCGUGUCGGACCGGUGGACAUAUCUCAAGGAACACGACGAUCUCGUCCGUCACGCGUGGGUCGAAACGGUGUUUGACUAUGGAUUGAGUCCAAGAAACCUGGUUGUUGUUGGAGUUAAGCGAUAG